UGGUGGAUGGAGUGAUUUUGGAGAUGUCAGGUGGUUCGGUGGAUGCAGUGUAACUUGUGGAGCUGGAAUGGAAAACGGGUUAAGUACAAGAAAAUGCAACAAUCCUACCCCACAGCAUGGCGGAAAACAGUGCGUUGGGUCUUCGAACAGAACAGAAAGUAAACCAUGUAGACUUAAGGAAUGUCCAAUUGAUGGUGAAUGGUCAGAAUAUGGAAAUUUUAAUGAAUGGUCAGCUUGCAGUGUUACCUGUGGGAACGGUUCAAAAACGCACGAAAGAACAAGAUCCUGCACGAAGCCAGAACCCCAGUUUGGAGGGAAAGAUUGCGAAGGAAGUGAAGUAGAUAUUCAAACGGAAUCAUGUGACAUGUUGGACUGUCCAGUUGAUGGUGAAUGGUCAGAAUAUGGAAAUUUUAAUGAAUGGUCAGCUUGCAGUGUUACCUGUGGGAACGGUACAAAAUCGCACGAAAGAACAAGAUCCUGCACGAAGCCAGAACCCCAGUUUGGAGGGAAAGAUUGCGAAGGAAGUGAAGUAGAUAUUCAAACGGAGUCAUGCGACAUGUUGGACUGUCCAGUUGAUGGUGAAUGGUCAGAAUAUGGAAAUUUUAAUGAAUGGUCAGCUUGCAGUGUUACCUGUGGGAACGGUACAAAAUCGCACGAAAGAACAAGAUCCUGCACGAAGCCAGAACCCCAGUUUGGAGGGAAAGAUUGCGAAGGAAGUGAAGUAGAUAUUCAAACGGAGUCAUGUGACAUGUUGGACUGUCCAGUUGAUGGUGAAUGGUCAGAAUAUGGAAAUUUUAAUGAAUGGUCAGCUUGCAGUGUUACCUGUGGGAACGGUACAAAAUCGCACGAAAGAACAAGAUCCUGCACGAAGCCAGAACCCCAGUUUGGAGGGAAAGAUUGCGAAGGAAGUGAAGUAGAUAUUCAAACGGAGUCAUGUGACAUGUUGGACUGUCCAGAAUUUGAGUGUACAAGUGAUGGUCUUUUUGCCGACCCAAAAGACUGUACCAAAUUUAUUCAGUGUGCUAACAAUAUCAAGUAUGAAAUGUCAUGUCCACUAACAACUCAUUGGGAACAAACAAAAGGCUACUGUGUCCAUGGUGACGACUGUAAUUAGUGAGAAUUGAACUGACGGAGGACUUUGAAAAAAGCUUUCAUGGAAGAUUUUUCCUCUUACACUGUUAUAAUCAGAACAUUUCAGUGACAUCAUUGUCACACAAUCGUCAAUGUGUAUCAGAGAAAUUUGGAGAUUCUCAUAGCAUAAUUCAUGUUCAAAAAUCUUACUUUAUUAUUAUUAGAUAUAUUCUACAUCA